CGCAAUGAUUCUACAACACCAGGGAGAGCAAAGGGUACUCUCAUGAUAUUGCUAAGGUCUCUGUUCACUUGGACAAGCAAAUUCAAACCCAUCAGAGCUACUAGUUAAAAAUGACUGUGCUGAAAUUGAAAUUAACACCAAGCCAUUAUCUCCGUAUAUUGUGAAAGCAUCAAGAACCGAAAAGCAACCAGCAGGUGAAACGUAUUUCAUAAGCUUCCGGUCCGUGCUGAGCAUCAGAAGGCAGACGCAGGCUCAUGCUCACCUUCUUCUACCCAUGUUAGCAGGCCGCCCCACUUUCUGUAUGAGAUGUUCUCAUUGUCUCACAAGCUGCCCUCAUACACACAGGUGUGUGCUCUUCAAAAUGCUAAAAGGAGCUUUAAAUACCAGUGUUCGUGGGUCUAGGACCACACUCAGCCUUAUCCCCAACAGCAGUCUCUACACCAAAGGUAGCUGUCCAAACUUUGUUUAAUAAAUAAGGAUGCAGCUUUCCAACUUGGGCCUGGCAGAAUGGCUCCCACAAAGAAGGGUGGCGAGAAGAAGAAGGGCUGUUCUGCCAUCAACGAGGUGGUGACCCGAGAAUACACCAUCAACAUUCACAAGCGCAUCCAUGGCGUGGGCUUCAAGAAGCGUGCUCCUAGGGCACUCAAAGAAAUCUGGAAAUUUGCCAUGAAGGAGAUGGGGACUCCAGAUGUGCGGAUUGAUACCAGGCUCAAUAAAGCUGUCUGGACCAAAGGAAUAAAGAAUGUUCCAUAUCGUAUCCGGGUACGUUUGUCCAGAAAACAUAACGAGGAUGAGGACUCACCAAACAAACUCUACACAUUGGUAACUUACAUGCCUGUUACCACAUUCAAAAAUCUACAGACAGUCAAUGUGGAUGAGAACUAA